AUGGCCGCUCCCAUGGGUGCUGCAAACCUCGGCGGGUCCGCCGACCCUCGACUGAACAGCGUUGCCGUGGAUGAUAUUGGAACGCGUCGUGACUCACUUAUCCACCACCUCGGCCCUCCAAACGCCAACGGACACAACACGAUCUAUCUCGACAGUAGCAUCACCUUCGAGGACUACCGCUGGUGGGCGGCACGCGCUCGCGAGUUCGAAAAGAGCAUCCCCGCCAAUGCCGGCUUCACCAGCCUCAUGCAAGUGAUUGGCCUGGGCGCAAGUAACAAGAAGGCCGAGCUGCAUCCCGACGUCCCGCACUCCGACUCCGACAGAGAUGUUAGCAACGAGAAAGACGACGUCUCCAAGAGUGCCGGUGAUGUGGAUCUUAGCACUGGCGGCCAUGACAACCCUCCGCCCUACGCUAAGCCUCCGACCGGAACAUCCAGCGCAGGCAAUUAUGCCGUUACAGAGGCCGAAUGGGCUCAGGCCCAGCGUGCCGGCCGGACUGCCUCUUGGGGUGCAAUAUUUUACCUCCUCACCACGGACAUCUUGGGUCCAUAUUCGGCGCCGUGGGCAAUUGCUCAACUGGGCUACGGGCCCGGCGUCGCCAUUUUCCUGGUAUUCGGCGUCCUCUCGUAUUACUCGGCUAUGCAGCUUUGGAAGAUGUUCUGCGGCCUCGACUCUCCCCGUUACCCGAUUCGAAACUACGGCGAUCUCGCGUUUCGUCUGUUCGGAAACUGGGCCCGCGUUACCGCCAACGUGUUGCAAAGCUUCCAAUUCUUCCUCAACGUUGCCCUGUGCAUUGUUGCAAACGGACAAGCUCUCGCCCAGAUGGCUAGAGGCGUAAAUCAAACCGGAUGGAUAUGCUUCCUCGUGGCAGAGGUUGUUUUCACCAUCAUCGGCCUUAUCCUGGGUCAGAUCCGGACUCUUCAACGCCUUAGCUGGCUUGCAAAUCUGGCCGUCUGGCUCAACGUGACGGUCAUGAUCUCGACUCUAGCGGCGGUAUUCAUCUAUGCCCCCAACUAUGCGGCCAAUCUUACCCUUGGUAUCCCGAAAGGCCCGAUCGUCACGUCUGGGGGCCUCCCUCCGGGCAAAAGCCUACAAGUCAACGUCAGCGGCGUCUUCAAUGGUGUCUUCGCUUUCGGAGGUGCAACGAUGUUCAUGGAAUUGCUCGCGGAAAUGCGAAGGCCGUUCGAUUUCUGGAAAGCGAUCCUGAUCGCAGAGGUCUUCAUCACGAGCGUAUACAUGGUCUUUGGCCUGAUCGUCUACAGCCAGCAGGGACAAUUCACGUACAACCCGACCUUUCAAGGCAUUUCCAACGCAGGGUACACCUUGCAGACGUUAGGCAAUGCCCUCUAUUUCAUUGUGUCUGUUAUCGCUGCUCUUCUGUACGGCAACAUCGGCAUGAAGGUGUUCUACACCAGCGUCCUGCAGGACGUUUUCUCCUUCCCUCCCUUGGACAAUAAGAAGGGCAAAUGGACGUGGGUCGUCAUGGUACCAAUCUACUGGGGCCUCGCCUUCAUUCUUGCCGCCGCCGUGCCGCAGAUCAGCAAUCUCACCGCUUUUGAAGGGGCCCUAACCAUUCAGCAGUUCAGUUACACAUUCCCUCCGCUCCUCAUGGUCGCGUACAACUGCCAAGCCGACUCUGCCUUGCCCGGGGAGAGCUACGAUCCUCGCACUGGCCAGACCAUCCGCCACGACAAUGGCCCGAUGAGAUUGUGGCGUGGUUUCAAAAAGCGAUGGCUGAUGAACACCUGGGACAGCCUGUACUUCCUUGCAGCCGCUGCAACUGCUGUCCUCGGACUCUGGGCAUCGAUCUCGGGCAUGGUAGCGUUCUACAAGGUCACCGCGGUCACCUCGUUUGGCUGCAGGAACCCAGCAGGCUAG